AUGACUAGUUGGACUUUUCAAACUAAGCUGGACAAUCAAAACCCAGAUACAUAAUUUCACAUGGGUUUGAUAAAAUAAAUCUUGAUAUGUAUGAUAAUGUGUUCAUUUAUGUUGUGUAAGAAUACAUGUAUGUACAUGAUUUGAGUUUGAAAAAUGGGCAAAGAUUCAAGUGACCCAGAUGAUGCUGAUGCUCUGUUUGUUGAGAUUGAUCCUUCUGGUCGAUAUGGUCGGUAUAAAGAGGUUCUUGGAAAGGGGUCUUUCAAAAAGGUAUAUAGAGCAUUUGAUGAAUGGGAAGGGAUUGAAGUAGCCUGGAAUCAAGUUAAGGUUGCAGAUCUAUUGAAGAAUUCCGUUGACAUGGAGCGUCUAUAUUCUGAAGUUCAUUUGCUUAAAACGCUCAAGCAUAAGAAUAUUAUUAAGUUUUAUAAUUCAUGGGUUGAUGCCAAGAGUGAGCAUAUCAACUUUAUUACGGAAAUUUUCACGUCUGGGACACUACGACAAUAUCGUCAGAAGCACAAGCAUGUUAAUUUAAGAGCUUUAAAGAAAUGGUCGAAGCAGAUCUUAGAGGGACUUUCCUAUCUCCACAGUCAUGAUCCUCCAGUUAUUCACCGUGAUUUAAAGUGUGAUAAUAUUUUUGUCAAUGGGAAUCAAGGGGAAGUGAAAAUCGGUGACCUCGGGCUAGCUGCAAUUCUUCAAGCUCGUUCUGCACACAGCGUCAUUGGUACCCCUGAGUUUAUGGCACCAGAACUUUAUGAAGAGGAAUAUGAUCAACUUAUAGAUAUAUAUGCCUUUGGUAUGUGUUUAUUGGAACUGGUGACAUUUGAGUACCCAUAUGUGGAAUGUGCCAAUGCUGCUCAAAUAUAUAAAAAAGUUACUUCAGGAGUCAGGCCUGCAUCAUUAGUAAAAGUGAAAGAUCCUGAAGUCAGAGCAUUUAUAGAAAAAUGUAUAGCAAAGGUGCCUGAUCGUUUGUCUGCCAGAGAACUAUUGUUGGACCCAUUUCUCCAUUCAGAUGGAGCUAACGAGUCUGUAGGUCAAUCCAUACGAACCAAUCCCCAUAUUGCUGGUAAGAAUAGCGAUAAUCUUGAUAAUGGUGAAAAGCUGAAGGACCCUGGGCUUGACAGCAGUAGGGACUUCACAGUGCAGGGCCAGAGAAAAGAUCUGAACACUGUAUUCUUAAAACUACGAAUAGCUGAUUCCACAGGUCAAAUUCGUAAUAUACAUUUUCCAUUUGACAUUGAGGUUGACACAUCAGCUGCUGUUGCUAGUGAAAUGGUUGAAGAACUGGACCUGACAGAUCAAGAUGCAUCGGCCAUUACUGAGAUGAUUGACACAGAAAUCAGGACUUAUAUUCCAGAUUGGACAGCCGGGGAACUUUCUAGCAGCAUAGGAAAUGAAGUAGCAAUGUCUGAUUAUUGCAGCACUGAAGGUCAAAUCGAUUCUUCUCCAGUGACGAAUUUGUCUUCUAUUCCUGCCAGUAUUGUACUGGAACGACUGCCUUCAGGAAGAAAGUAUUGGUCUGUUUCCCCAAGAGCCGGUAUUGAAAGCUCUCCAGUCAAACCAGGACCGCGCUUGUUAUUGAAUCAGGAGGAAACUAAUGCAGAGAAACCUAAUGAAGAAAAUAUUCGAUCAGUGGUCAGCAGUCGGCACAUGGAUAAUUCAAGUGCAAAUUCAGCUGGAAAGAAAGGGGCUUCAGUUAGUAGUCCGGGUGUUUUUGAUUAUUUUCCGGUGAGAAAUUUGCCUUCUCUUCCUGGAAGUUUUCUCGAACUGCCUUCAGGAAGGAAGUAUUGGUCUGUCUCACCCAAAGCUAGUAAUGGAAGUUCUCCGGUGAAACCAGGACCACGCUUUUUAUCUAAUCAGCAUAUGGAAACUUCUGCUGAUAGCCGUACUAAAGGAAGUAAUAAAUCAUCGGUCAGGAGUCAGCACGUUGAUGAUUCAAAGGACGAGGCUUUACUUGAAAUGCAAAAGGGCACAGUCAGCAGUCAGAAUGUGGCUGAUUCCUCCCCAAUGACCUACAUAUUUUCUCCUCCUGGAAGUGUUAUUCUGGAACAACUUCCUGCAGGAAAAAAUCAUUGGUCAGUCUCACCGAAAGGUAAACAGGGAAGCUUUCCGGUCAAACCAGGACCGCUCUUUUUAUCUAAUCAAGUCAUGGAAACUCAUACAGAUAAUCGUGCUGAACAAAAUCUUAAAGCUUUCAUCGCCAGUCAGCAUAAUUCAAGUGACAAGGCUUUACAUGAAGAGCAAAAUCCCUCCAUAUUAAAUGGUAAAUCUUCAGAUUCUAAACAUAAGUUGUCUGAUUCAUCGCUGUUGGGUGUUCCAGCUCUUCAUUUGGGCAACGGGCCUGACUCAGUUUCAGGAAAUGUGCCUAUACCUGGCAACUUUGAUUCAGAUGAUGAUAAUAUGGUAGUGAAAAAACUGGGGUCCAUCUUAGUUGAACAUCAAAGAGAGCUGAACGAACUUAAGAAGAAACAUGAAUUAAUUGUAUCGGAUCUUCUGAAAGAACUUCCACCAAAAGUUCGUGAUAAAUUCUUGAAAAAUCUUGACAUGGAGGCACCUCACCAAAAUACUGACAGUGGUGUAAACAGUUCAGACUCUUUGUUCCCGAUAUAUAGCAGACGGUUACAAAAUCUGAGCACAGCUGUUGAAGGUCGAAAGCGGAACUCAGAAGCUGAAAAUAUAGUAUGUCGGCCCAUAUCUAGAGACAAAUUCAAGACUCCGAAGGUCGACACCAAAUCUGACAUCAGUGGGAUGGGUAUCGCUAUUAUAUUGAGUGACAAUGGUGUAGGCUUCUAAUUCUGGAAAAAUAUAUUUUUUCUGUCAUGCUUCCACAGUCAACUACUGCUGGUGAAACCAUAACAACCUAUCUUUGCUGAAAAGACGAUUUUAAUGUGCUCUAAAGGUGAGAAAAUGGUAGAAAGGCACACUCCUUAGACUCUCCUUUACUUUAUUUAGACUUGAAUCCCUUAUAAUUAGUUGGGUGCAGGAUGGUGGAGUUCCCAGAGGUGCAUACUCUGUAAAUAGGAUACAAUUUUGUGUAACAUGUUAAGUUUUUCAGUUGUAUGUUUUUUUUAACAAAAAUAAAGUUUUUAAAAUUGUUUAUAUCUA